AUGGCCAAUUCCGUAUCCUUUGAUGACAAUUGUUCCGGUCGAUGGCAACUUGUUGAUAAAUUAAAUAUUAAAAUAACAUUCGAUUGGCAAAUUUAUUCCGAGACAAAUAAAUUUAUUACAGAAUUUCGAGCCAAUCAUGUCAAAGAAGGUUUUUGGUACGGUUUCGGCUUUUCCUCGUCCUCGAAUGGAACCAACGAAAAUUCGGUUUACGUUCUCCGGCGAAGAGAGAACGAGUCCGAGAUCUUUUGGGAUAUUUAUAAUGUCACACAAUCAGAUGUGAUCGUGAUAGAUCGGGAUAAUUCGUCACUGGUUACAUUUCAGCCUGUGUCUUCGUCAGGGCUAUUGACCGUUCAAUCCCAAAUAGAUGAACAAGAAUGCUCUUACUUCGUUUACAUGCGCGGAAGAUUUUUAAAUGAUAAACCACUGUUACCAGAUGAAAUUCGUUCCAACCAAUCACUAUGCCUUACUUGUCAACGACUGAGUUCUAUAUCAACUAUGUUACCUAGUUCGAUCGAUGCUACAACUGACAAAGUACCAGUACCGACUAGUGAUUAUGCGUCCACCGUCACCCCGACGAACUCUCGACAAGAAGUCAACUUCAUUUGGUUUGGGAGAAUCCUCAACCGAUCAUGGUCAACAGACUAUCGCACUCUGAACUCCGUCUCCAGUCAACAGCUACGUCUUGACCUUCAAAAUUUUUUUCUAUUACUAAUUAGUUCGACUUCACCACUAUUUAUUUGUCAACAAUUCGAACUUCUUUCUCUGGAAUCAGGUUCAAUACUCUUUGCAAGUAAUAUUUCUCUCAUUUCAAAUCUAUCUCGACAUCAAACAAUCCAUCAAAUACAAAAUCUAAUCAAUACAGUCAAUAAUUCCAAACAUGAUCGACUCCACUUCGACUCUUCUGCACACACUCUCAAACCUGCAAGUCAAAUCAGUCAACUCGAUCANUUUGUCUCCUCAUUCCUAUUCAUUUCUCCUUGCCAUUACAGAUCAGGUUCAAUACUCUUUGCAAGUAAUAUUUCUCUCAUUUCAAAUCUAUCUCGACAUCAAACAAUCCAUCAAAUACAAAAUCUAAUCAAUACAGUCAAUAAUUCCAAACAUGAUCGACUCCACUUCGACUCUUCUGCACACACUCUCAAACCUGCAAGUCAAAUCAGUCAACUCGAUCACCUAUUCAAACAGUAUUCGUCCUCUACCGACAUGAACUUUCCAAAACAAGCACAGUUUGAUUCAACAUUCCAUUUGCUUGUCGGUUGCAUUGUUGGAGUCGGCCUUCUGAUGACAGUGAUCACCACCAUCCUCUGUCUGUAUGGCUACUACAAGUGUCGACGACGACAGUUUCGACACUACACCGAACAACAAACAAUCAAGUUCAAAACGGAUAUUGACUCGUACACGUGGCUCGGACAACAGCCGUCCAUUAGCUGUUCUUCGCCCUAUUUGAUCCAGUCAACUUCUAUUUAA